AUGGCUGGUUCUGUAGAAGGGGAACAGCAACAAAAACAAGUUCUUGGACUUAUCGAAGAGCAGAAAUUGCAGACGCAGGAGAGUGAGAACAACCAUAACACCACAGGCACGCAAUUGGAGAGUGGUGAAGGGGAGAGAGAGAUGACUCCUACGGCUGCCAGUUCCAUGCACAGGUCGGGUUCGAGGCCUCAACUUGAUGUCAGCAAAGCAGAGAUUCAAGGCAAUGAGGAGGAGAAGUAUCCCACCAUUUUGUUGCCUAAUCAAUCAGAUGAUUUAUCUCACCUAGCACUUGACAUUGGAGGAUCCCUGAUAAAGUUGGUGUACUUUUCAAGACAUGAAGACCAAUCAGCCGAUGAUAAAAGGAAGAGAAGUAUGAAGGAGCGGCUAGGGCUUUCUAAUGGUAACAGGAGAAGCUACCCUAUUCUUGGUGGAAGGCUUCACUUUGUGAAGUUUGAAACUAGAAAGAUUAAUGAAUGCUUGGAUUUCAUUCAUUCAAAGCAGCUUCACUGGUUGGAGUCACAUUACUCUGAUGGUGUGACUGACCAGAAUGGCAUAAUUAAGGCUACUGGUGGUGGAGCAUACAAGUACGCUGACCUUUUCAAAGAAAGACUUGGGGUUAGUCUUGACAAAGAAGAUGAAAUGGAUUGUCUUGUGGCAGGAGCUAACUUCUUGCUAAAGGCAAUCCGUCAUGAAGCUUUCACACACAUGGAGGGCCACAAAGAGUUUGUUCAAAUUGAGCCUAAUGAUCUAUUCCCUUAUCUUCUUGUUAAUAUUGGAUCUGGUGUUAGUAUGAUCAAGGUUGAUGGAGAUGGAAAAUUUGAGAGGGUUAGUGGGACAAAUGUUGGGGGCGGUACUUAUUGGGGCUUGGGAAGACUGUUAACAAAGUGCAAGAGUUUUGAUGAGUUGCUUGAACUGAGUCAGAAAGGAGAUAAUAGAAGUAUGGACAUGCUAGUUGGGGACAUUUAUGGGGGUUUGGACUAUUCUAAGAUUGGCCUAUCAGCUUCCACUAUUGCUUCAAGUUUUGGCAAAACAAUAUCAGAAAAAAAGGAGCUUGAAGAAUACAGACCUGAAGAUAUAUCACUUUCUCUUCUAAGGAUGAUUUCAUACAAUAUUGGCCAGAUAGCUUACUUGAACGCAUUGCGAUUUCGGUUGAAGCGAAUCUUUUUUGGUGGAUUUUUUAUAAGGGGUCAUGCCUAUACCAUGGACACUAUUUCUUUUGCUGUACAUUUCUGGUCUAAUGGAGAAGCACAAGCAAUGUUCUUGCGACAUGAAGGAUUUCUGGGAGCUUUAGGUGCAUUUAUGAGUUAUGAGAAGCAUGGUUUAGAUGACCUCAUGGUGCAUCACUUGGUGGAAAGAUUUCCAAUAGGUGCUCCUUAUACCGGAGGCAAGAUUCAUGGCCCACCACUUGGAGAUUUAAAUGAGAAGGCAAGUGAUAGGGAUUGGAAGUUUCUAACAUAUGCCGUGAUUUCAUGGAUGGAGAAGUUUUUGCAGAAGGGAACUGAGAUUACUGCACCUGUGCCAAUGACUCCACUUGCUGGAACUACUGGACUUGGGGGUUUUGAGGUUCCUUUGUCAAAAGGAAGUACUCUGCGAUCUGAUGCAAGUGCUCUAAAUGUUGGUGUUCUCCAUCUAGUACCAACAUUGGAGGUGUUUCCAUUACUAGCAGACCCAAAAUUGUAUGAGCCUAAUACGAUUGACCUAUCAGAUAACAGUGAACUAAAAUAUUGGCUCACCAUUUUAUCUGAGCAUUUGUCAGAUCUUGUAGACAAGGCGGUAGCAAGUGAAGGUGGAGCUGAUGAUGCCAAAAGAAGGGGUGAUGCUUUUGCCCGUGCAUUUUCAGCCCACUUGGCAAGGUUGAUGGAGGAGCCUUCCGCAUAUGGGAAGUUAGGCCUUGCCAAUCUCUUGGAAAUGAGGGAAGAAUGCUUGAGGGAAUUCCAGUUUGUUGAUGCCUACAGAAGUAUAAAGCAGAGGGAAAAUGAGGCAUCUCUCGCUGUUUUACCUGACUUGCUGGCGGAACUUGAUAGUAUGGAUGAGGAAUCAAGACUGCUUACACUAAUUGAAGGUGUUCUUGCGGCAAACAUUUUUGACUGGGGAUCUCGUGCAUGUGUGGAUCUCUAUCAUAAAGGAACUAUCAUUGAAAUUUACAGAAUGAGUCGCAAUAAAAUGCGUAGACCUUGGAGGGUUAGUGAACUUAAACAUGUUGGGGCUGAAAACAAGAAAAGUCCACGUCACAAGAGAGCUUUACUUUUUGUAGACAACUCAGGCGCUGACAUUGUUCUAGGGAUGCUUCCAUUAGCUAGGGAGCUCCUCCGCCGUGGAACUGAAGUAGUGUUGGUUGCAAACUCACUUCCUGCUUUAAAUGAUGUCACUGCAAUGGAGCUUCCUGAUAUCGUAGCUGAGGCUGCCAAGCUUAUUUUCAACCUUGAUGUUGGACCACUUGGAAAUAUUGUUCCUGGAAAAUUCACAAUGGGUAGUGUCAAGUAUGAAGGGUGCGUUAAGAUGUCCUACAUUAUAAAGGAAUAUGGCCAAAAUACUCCUUAUGUAAGGCUUGGACAAUGCUGUCUUAUUGAGUUUACUUUUAAGCAUUGUGACAUUCUAAGGCGAGCUGCUGAAGUUGGAGGCUUGCUUGUGGAUGCAAUGAUUAAUACUUCAAACAGCUCUAAAGAAAAUUCAUCGUCAAUCCCUUUGAUGGUUGUUGAGAACGGGUGUGGUAGUCCAUGUAUAGACUUAAGACAGGUCAGCUCUGAGCUUGCUGCUGCCGCAAAAGAUGCCGAUCUGUUAAUUUUGGAAGGGAUGGGUCGAGCUCUUCAUACUAACCUCAAUGCUCGGUUUAAAUGUGAUUCUGUGAAGCUUGCAAUGGUAAAAAAUCAGAGAUUGGCUGAAAAAUUGGUUAAAGGGAACUUGUACGACUGUAUUUGCAAAUACGAGCCUGCUAGUUGA